AUGUACGACCUUCAGAUUUAUGGUGAUUCAUCAUCUGAUGAAUCGAAUAGUGAUGAUGAGUCAAACGAUGAGGAGAUCAUAGAAGCUGAGAAUCGCGAGAUUCGCCAGGAAAUUGAAGAACAAUUAGAUUUCUUCAGAAACUUCAUGGCGAACAGAAAUGGUCAGAAUGUAGAGCCACAAGAAGAACUCAAUCGUAACGAAAUGCCUAUGAAUGAAAAUGCAAGAUAUGGAGAAAACGGUGAAGGUGAAGUUGGUGUGGAAAACGAUGAGGAUGACGAGUGGUCGCAAGCACAAUUUGCUCAGAAUAACAGCUUAUUGAAUCUCGAGCCCAGUGAACAUCAAGAACGCAAUGAGACAGCGGAGAUCGGAAAUGAUGGUAUGAAUGACUGGCCGCUUGAAAUUCUUGCACGAACGUUCCGAGUUGAACUAAACGUCCUAGAAAUGGCCAUUGAACUGGAAGCGGUCGUCGAACAAUUUGAAGCUAAUGAAUUCGAAAACGAGGAGUUCUGA